GUGAGUGACUCAGAGAAUGGGGCAGAGGGAAUGCGGGGCGGGUGGGGCUGUUGGGAGGGCUGUGGCAGACCAUCAGCCGACGGCACCACGUCGACUUCCGCACACUGGCCGAUGAAGCGGGAUGGCGAGUCAUCGGCCUCGGGGGGCUCAGGGGGCCUCCCCCCUCCCCUCCCACCACGACCGCCCUUACCCUUCCUCCCCCUCGGCGAGCCCUUCCUGCCGCGUGUCGGCGACCUGCCCCUCCCCUGCGAUUGCUGCUCCGCCCACUCUGCCACCUCGGGCGGCGCGUCCACCUUGACCACCUUGCGCUGGGCUUGCUCAUACCACAGGGAGUCGAUCACCUCGUUGAUCUCCUUCUCCUUGGCCGGGUCGGGCGGCGGCUGCUCCACGGCGUCAUAGACAAGCCACGCAGCCGUACCGCGGGGGUCGUAUGUGGCCACCACGGCCAUCUGGGGAUGGGGGGCACGUUUCUUGCAUGGCAGGCGGGCGGGGAGCCGCCGCGGCGAGGGCGGUUGGGUGAGAGGCCUGGGGGUGAGGGUCGAGGGGAGGGUGGAGGGGAAAUCUGGGGCCGCUGCCAU